AAGAACAGCAAAAAGAAAAAACAGACAUUCUUUACUCUGUCCAUUUACCUGUGGAUACAAAUAUAGGGUACUGGGACAAAGUAUUCAAUAGACUAAAAAGUAAAAAAAAAGAUGCAAUCCAAUUCAACAGAAGCAGGAAUAGAGCUGAAUCAAUACUUCUCUGACAGAGCAGCAACAAAAAGCUGAAAUCCUCAUUGCACAGGUCAUUAUAUUAUUGUGUUCACCCUCUGUGGUUACUUCUAAAAAACGUUUAUCUAAAAUCUGAUGUUUUGUUUUACAGGUUUAUUCCAUUCGUCACAGACAGAGAGAGAGACAAGGCAAAAUCCAGAGUAAAAACCAAUCCCUAGUGUGACAAAGACGACAACAUUCUGAAGACAAAGCGGGGAUCCUCACAGAUGAGUGGAUACUUUGUGGAUGCACAUCUUAGUUGUCCCUAAUGUCUGCUUUACAACAAGAGAGAAGUCAACGUAACCUUUACUUCAACUGGCAUCGCACAUUUUGAAGUGAAGCCAAGCUCCUUAGUCUUACCAGCUGAGCUGUCGAUGGAGAUCAUGAGUAACUCUCAGUCUCUCUACCUGUUCCUUCUGCCCAUUGUCUUUUAUUUACUUUCACUCCUCCUGUGCCCCGCAUUUGCCAGUUCAGGGUCUGACUAUGACUAUGGAGCCCACCCACGCUUUGUUUGCACCCCUAUUCCCAUGGAUGCAGACCCUGCCUGCUUCCCUGCAGCCGGUCCAAGCGUAGGACCAGUACCAGGACCAGGCCAUCAAAGUGCACCUCCUGCUGGCUGGUGGGGGGCGAGCGAAGAAGCCAAAGCCACCAUCCUCCACCUCAGGGAGAGCCUUGUCCAGCAGAAAGAGACCAUCCUGGACCAGAGGGAGACCAUCAGAGAGCUGACAGCCAAGCUCACCCUGUGUGAGGGCCUUGGACGGGGUGCGGUGCCUCACGACGAACACGACGGCGCGGCCUCACACUCCCAUCACACAGGGGGGGGCGGUCAUCAUACAUACACUGACAACGGGCACUAUAGCAACCAGCAGGGUCACCAUGGUAACAGCAACCUCAUACCGGACUCACCUCACUACCCCUCGGCGGGGGGGCACCGAUCUGAUGGAGGCCACAGCAGCAACAACCAGGGGAAGGAUAAACAUGUGACACCAGGGGACUUCACAUCAUCGCCAGAGCAGAUGGAGAGGAUGCUGCAGGCGCUGAAGGAGAGGCUGGAGAACCUGCAGCAGAAGAGAAACACAUCCAUGACCUACUCCAGCUCUCUGAAGGAGCUGCUGCAGAGGAAGAUCAGCACUCUAGAGCAGCAGCUGCACCAUCGCACCUCCGCCCUCAGCAGUCCUGACCAUCAUGAUGAUGACGUCAGCCACAGAAACGAUGGAGACCACCAUGAUGGUGACAAUCACCACGAUGACAUACACUCAAACGACCACAAUGACGAUCACAACGACAGCGAUCACAGUCACAGCGAGAACCAUGCGGACCAUGAUGACGACAGCCACAAUGAUGACAAUCAUGAUGCAGACGAUCACCAUGACGACCAUGAUGACAGCCACCAUGAUGAUGAUGAUGAUGAUGAUGAUGACCACCACAGUAAUGAAGCAGACAAUCACAGUUACCUUGCACACACAGGAUACAGAACUCAAGGGCCACACGUUGGUUUCCACUCCAAUAAACUGGAAACAAUGCUCAACCAGCUGCACCUCGCAGGUUCCAGGAAGAAAUCCAAGAGUCCUGAUGCCUUCCAGAUCAGCUUCCCCAUGAGAACCAACUACAUGUACGGGCGGGUGAAGAGGACUCUGCUGCAGGAGAUCUUCGCUCUGACUUUGUGUCUAUGGAUGAAGGCAGGCAUGGGAUCUGGCCUUGGGACGCCCUUUUCCUACUCUGCCCCUGGACAGGCCAAUGAACUGGUGCUCAUCGAGUGGGGGAACAACCCUAUGGAACUGCUGAUCGAUGAUAAGGCUGUGACACUCCCCCUGUCUCUGGGUGAUGGGAAGUGGCACCACGUGUGUGUGACUUGGUCAACACGGGACGGACAGUGGGAGGCCUACCAGGAUGGAGUGCAGAAGGGGUCAGGGAUCAAUCUUGCUCCCUGGCACCCGAUCAAACCUGGAGGGGUCUUCAUUCUAGGACAGGAACAGGACACUCUGGGAGGCCGUUUUGAUGCAACUCAAUCAUUUGUGGGCGAUAUGUCAGAUGUGCACAUGUGGUCACAUGUCCUGACUGCCAGUGACAUCUACAGCCUGGCCUCCUGCGGCAGCCACCUCAGAGGAGACAUCAUUGCUUGGUCCGACUCGGAGCUGGAGCUUCGCGGAGGUGUUUCCAGAUACCCCUUUGAUCCCUGUCAUUAAAAGGCAGUGACACCAGUGAAGAACUUGGAACAUACUGACAACAUUUAUAAUGUUUCACAGCUGCAAGAAUAAAACAAAAGUCCCUUUGACUGUCAGUCAUUUUUCAGGAUGAUCACUCAGUGGCACCGACUCCUCAGAACUUAGCAUCAAUGCCUUCCUGAAUUUAAUCGGUGACUUUUUCUUAAAAAAGAAAAAUGACAAUAUGUUUAUUCUGUGUUUACAGAUACUGUAUAGGGACUUAAUGGUCUUGGGCCUUAGGUUUUCGACUCCACUUUAAUCAUGAGGUAGUGUUUUGUUUUAACAGACAGGUGCUGUAUGUGACAUAUUGUCACAUUGUUAAUAAUACUGUAGGGUCUGUGUGUUAAAAAUUAAUGGACCUUACAUGGGUUCUGUGGUGGUGAAAUGUUAUUAGUCUGAAUGAUAUUCAUAGAAAUGUGCUGAGAAAUCAAUAUGUAAUCUGGAUGACCUUUUUUUAAUAAAGGUUUAAACAGGAAAUACAGCUAAUUUACCAAAGAAAGUAGAAUUGAUUUGUGUUAUUCUGUAUUAUUUCUAUGUGUCAUAGAUAGAUCGUUGAUUCGUUUCGAGAGGAACACUGAAAUGUCUGUUUUUACAGCCUCUGCUGGUUUAACAUGGACUCUAAGCAUGAUACUGUAUUCCAGCACUGCUGCUUCAAACUAACAGUAAUUUCAUAUUUUUAUAUAUUCAUCACUAUACAAAUCGACCUUUCUCACUUUUUUUGUCUCUGAUAAAUUAUAGCUAUCUUUUUUUAAAUGACGUGUUUUGUGUUAUCAAGUUAUUGCACUGUGGCUUUUUUAAUGUCUGAAAUGAUCUGGCCUUGACUGUAUAUUUGUUAUUGUACUGUAUAUAAAGCGCUGAACUCGGGCCGGGUGUCU